CACAAUCGUGGGUGUCCCUGUCGUGGUCGUGAUGGAGGAGUGUCUAGCAGUAUAAAAGCUAGCAUAUCGGGAUUUUAUGUUAUUUAACAUUCUUGGUAGGUGGAGACUUGGCCUUUGGGCGAUUCAAAGGUCAAUUUUCUUCUCAACAUGGCGAAUUUCUCAUAGUGCGAAAAAAUAUUUUAAGAAUAUUAUAAUAAAAGAAAAAAUAUGUUUAAUUACUUACAUUAUAAUAGUGUUAUAUAAAAUAAGAGCUAUUCUUAACUGUUCACUAAAAUAAUCAAAUUAAUAAAAUAAUCCAUUUCGGGUGCAAACUUCUUUAUCUUAAUAGUCCCUAUUGCCAGUUGAAAAUCACGAAAACAAGAUAUUACAAAACUUAUUGUCAACUUAAGCUUAAGACAAUUUCCUUGGUUGGAGACUAGGGUAAGAAAGAGAAAAGAACAAAAAAAUAAAACAAUUGUCCCUUUUCCUUUUCCUUAUUUUAUUUUUGUCAUCAAUUAAAAAAAGUCUCUCUUGUUUGACUAUCAAAGUGAAAGGAAAAACAAAAUCUGUUGUUUGAAUUUCAUGAGCCCACUUCUCUAGUGACAAAACAUGACACCUUAUUAUACUUUCACCAUUUUUCAUCUUCCAUUGAACUUUGGGAACGGUUCUAAAAUUUUAAGCUACAAAUGAACUGAUUGUAUUUAUUUAUUUUAGAAGAUUUGCAACAUGUUUCUUAGGUAUAAACUCUGAUUCCCACAUUAAUAAUUUACUGGUAGAUGUCAAUGACCCGAGAGAACCUUUGGAGAAAAUAAGAAAAUAGUCCCUUAUAUGGGAUAAAUUAAACUUAGUCUCUUAAAUAUGUUCUUGAGCAGUUUUGAUCAUUUUAAGUUUGUCAAAAGUGAGCAUUUUUUGUCUCCAUCUAAUAUUUAACAAAAUUUAUUUGUUAGAUUUGACGAGAAUAAAAAAAAAAGAUUUAGCGGGAACUCACGUUUGGAGGUGUAACGGUCCAACCGCUCUCUUUGAGUCUCAUUCCCCUAUUUGAGAGUUUCAUAGGUCCGUUUAGUAAUUUGUGACUGGAGGGUAUGGAUGACACUAAUCCCGAGAGGUUUGGGAGUGUUUUGGAUUUUUUUUAGUUUAAACUAGAAGCCUAAAUUUAAGAGAGUUGACCAUAGUCAACAUUUGAGUAAACAAGCUUAGAUUCAUGAUCUGAAAGUUUCAAUAGGUUCGUAUAAUGAAUUUGGGCUUGUGUUUAUGUUCGGAUGGGGACUCGAGGGGCUCGAAGGUGAUUCGGCACCACUAGAAUCCAUUUUGCAAUUUCAUAUUUUCUGGUCAACAUUUUUGUUUUGCUUAAAGGUUGUUGGAUUUGGAUUUUGAUUACACCGUCAGUUCCAACUUGUACUUGUGACCUUUAGGAACUGAUUUUAUCGAAUUCUGACUUGUAUUGAAGAUUUUAGGCACGUUCUUUCUAAGUGAUGAAUAAUGUGAUGACCCGACCGUUUUUUGUUUUAGAAGUCUGAAUCAUGUUCCGAGAAUUCAGAUAGCUUAAGAUAGUUAUUUGAGACUUGUCUGCAAAAUAUAAUUAGAUCCCGUGGUUCAUAUAGGUUUUGGACACAUUCCGCAUAUUUAUCGGAGAUCAAAAGUAUUCACUUUUUACAAACGUGAAGAAUCAAAACUUCUAAAAAAUACAUUUUUUAAAAGACUACCUUAAGGUACCUCUCAAAGUAAGAGGGCAUUUCUGUCAUUUACCACUCUAUGAAAUUAUGUAAAUCUAAUCUAAUAAAUUAAUAAAGUAUUAAAGUCAAAUACUUUAUUUUAGUUCAAACAUCAUCCUUUCUUACAAACCAAGCUUUAUUGAAGAUACGAAAAAAGUUUUUUAGUUGUGCUUACAUAAGUGUUCCAACCAACUUAACAAACAAUUGAAUACUUUUUUCCAUCCUCAAUAUUAAACUAAAUUUCAUGGUAAAAUUUUCAAGAAAAUCCAUUUUCCAUAGCUGAACAUGAUGAUCAAGAAAGUUGAGAAAAUUUGCAUAGCACUUUGCUUUAAGUUUCUUCUAAUAGUUGCAGUUGCAGACACAAUACCAACAACAUUAGAUGGACCAUUUAAGCCAGUCACUCAAAGAUUUGAUCCUUCAUUGCGUAAAGGUAGUGAUGAUUUGCCAAUGGAUCAUCCAAGGCUUAAGAGAAAUGUUACUUCAUUUUUUCCAGAACAGAUUGCUCUUGCCUUGUCAUCAUCUCCAUCUUCAAUGUUGGUUUCUUGGGUCACUGGGGAAGCUCAGAUUGGUCUAAAUGUCACUCCACAUGAUCCAACAACAGUGGCAAGUGAGGUAUGGUAUGGGAAGAAAAGUGGGAAGUACACAUGGAAGCAAACUGGGGAUUCAGUGGUUUACAGUCAGUUGUAUCCAUUUGAAGGGCUGUGGAACUACACCUCGGGCAUCAUUCAUCAUGUGAAGAUUGAUGGUCUUGAACCCGAAACGAAGUAUUACUACAAGUGUGGGGAUAGUUCUUUAGCAGCAAUGAGUGAGGAACUUGAAUUUGAGACCUUCGCAUUGCCUACACCUAACAAGUAUCCACGACGAAUAGCAGUUGUUGGCGACUUGGGCCUUACAAGCAAUACAACCACAACCAUUGAUCAUCUCAUAAUGAAUGAUCCUUCCAUGAUUUUGAUGGUUGGAGAUUUAACUUAUGCGAAUCAAUACCUUACAACUGGUGGUAAAGGAGCUUCAUGUUAUUCUUGUCAGUUUCCAGACGCACCUAUAAGAGAGACAUAUCAACCUCGAUGGGAUGGAUGGGGAAGAUUUAUGGAACCUCUGAUCUCAAGGGUUCCAAUGAUGGUUAUUGAAGGAAACCAUGAGAUUGAGCCUCAAGCAGCAGGGCUAACAUUCCAAUCGUACUUGAAAAGAUUUGCUGUUCCUUCAAAGGAAUCUGGCUCUAACAGUAACCUUUACUACUCUUUUGAUGCUGGAGGAGUCCAUUUCAUCAUGCUAGGAGCCUACGUUGACUAUAAUCAGACCAGUGCUCAGUAUGCUUGGCUUCAGGAUGAUCUGGAAAAAGUAGAUCGUCGCGUGACUCCUUGGCUUGUGGCUGCAUGGCAUUCUCCUUGGUACAAUAGCUAUUCAUCACACUACCAAGAAUUUGAGUGCAUGAGGCAGGAAAUGGAAGAAAUACUAUAUACAUAUCGCGUUGAUAUAGUUUUCUCUGGUCAUGUGCAUGCAUAUGAGCGAAUGAAUCGAGUCUACAACUAUACCUUGGAUCCAUGUGGCCCUGUUUACAUAACAGUAGGAGAUGGUGGUAAUAUUGAGAAAGUCGAUGUUGAUCAUGCAGAUGAUCCUGGGAAAUGUCCUUCACCAGGUGACAACAUUCCAGAAUUUGGAGGUGUAUGUCACAUGAACUUUACCAGUGGACCUGCCAAAGGAAAUUUUUGCUGGGACAAACAGCCAGAAUGGAGUGCAUAUAGAGAGAGCAGCUUCGGCCACGGGAUACUGGAGAUGGUAAAUUCAACUCAUGCGUUAUGGACUUGGCACCGCAAUCAGGAUAUUUAUCGUGAAAACAGUCAUGGUGAUCAAAUAUACAUUGUACGACAACCUCAAUCUUGCUCUGUUACCUCGAAGGUACCCUUUCAUCUACCUCAAAGGAUAGCAGGUUGAGUCCAUCAAUACCACCGGCAUUGGACACUGCAGCUGCAUGCUUAUCCUCUCUUCUCUAUUACAUAAUUUUGCCUGUCAUUAUCCUUAUUGGCCUUCUCAGCAACCACUGAGUUAUUGAAAAUUUUGCGACAAAAUUGAAGCACUAUAGUGAUUAUGCGACGAGAUUACAUAUGUUGGCGUUGUCAAUGGCGGAUUGUACAGUAUUGUUAUCUCCAACCUCUGUACUAUAUGGAUGUUUCGCUUUGGAAACACAAACUGGUGUUCCCUUGUUUAUAUGAAGCUGGAGGAUAUUCUUGUGAAAUGUGAUUUGUUGCAUGAAAAUGGGUGAGAAUCAUUUGUUGCGCGAAAAUGUGUGAGAA